CACAGCCCCGCUCGCUAUUUAAGGUCUGGCUCCCAGAUGUUGCGGGAGGAUCCAGCCAGCUGCAGAGCCAGCCUGGAGUGUGAGAGCCGGGAAUAUUCCCAGCCCCUCGCUGCUCCGGAGAGGAGAUGAUCGCGCUGCUCUUCUUCUCUGCGCUGCUGUGGGGCGAGGCUGGAGCCUGGGGCUUCAAGGAUGGGGUGCUGCACAACUCCAUCUGGCUAGAGCGAGCAGCCGGCGUGUAUCACCGCGAGGCGCGCUCGGGCAAGUACCGCCUCACCUACGCCGAGGCCAAGGCCGUGUGCGAGUACGAGGGAGGACACCUGGCCACGUACCAGCAGCUGGAGGCCGCUCGGAAAAUAGGUUUCCACGUGUGUGCUGCUGGCUGGAUGGCAAAGGGCAGAGUUGGUUAUCCCAUAGUGAAAGCCGGAGCCAACUGCGGCUUCGGCAAGACGGGAAUUGUUGACUACGGAAUUCGCCUCAACAGGAGCGAGAGGUGGGACGCCUACUGCUACAACCCCAACGGAAAAGAGUGUGGAGGAGUGUUCACGGAUUCCAAGCACGUUUUCAAGUCCCCGGGCUACCCAAACGAGUACGAGAACGAGCAGAUCUGCUACUGGCACAUCCGCGUCAGGUACGGGCAGCGCAUCCACCUGCAGUUCCUGGAGUUCGAUGUGGAGGACGACACCGCCUGCCUGGCUGACUUCCUGGAAGUCUACGACAGCUACGACGACAUCAACGGAUUCGUGGGCAGGUUUUGUGGGGAUGAGCUGCCAGAUGACAUCAUUAGCACAGGGAACGUGAUGACGCUGAAGUUCCUGACGGACGCCUCGGUGACCGCGGGAGGGUUCCAGAUCAGAUAUUCCACCCUGGACGCGCCGGCCAAGGCAGGCGACGGCAGGAAUUCCACGUCCCAAGGGAAAACCAACUUCUUCUCCGGAAAAUUUGGGAUUCUGUGAGCAGGGCGCACGAAGGGUUUUGUGGUUUUUUUGUUUUUUUGGUUUUUUUACACUGAUCCCCCGAUUUAGAUAUUUGCAUCUUCAGAUAUUUUUUUCCCCCCCUCUCCUCCAUCUCUUUCUGAGUUUUUCUCUUCCAUUUUUCUAUGUUUUGGUAAGAAACCUCACUGGGGAAUAAAUUAUAAAAUAGGCUUAGGUGGGUAAUAGAAAGCUAUUUUCAGAAUACGAGUACUGUAAAAACCUGCAGAAUUCAUUGCUACCAAAGACUUAAAAAUUAUUUUUCUAUAUAAGCCGCUCCUUCUCCUCAUUUCUUGCCUCACUUUGAACAAACUUUUUGUGCGACUGUUCCGAUUAUUUUUAAACUUAACAGGCUCCUCUCUCCUUGUUUCCCUUGAUCUCCACGUAUUUAUUUUUUAGACUACUGCUGCUUUUUUUUUUUCCCCCCUGUUCUCCACACAGUAUUUUCUUUUUUCAUUGAUUUUCUUGACCUCUGAGGGCCUUCAGUGCGCGCUCCUUUUUAAGACACAAAGAUUCAUCUCGUGGACGGCCGUGAAGGUUGGGAAGCAGCGCGGAGAGCGCGGGGUCAGCCGGAUCCACACUUUAAUUUUACCGUCAGAUUAAUCAGGAUGGAUCCUGUCAGGGUUUCCUCUGUGGAAGUCACUUCUCUCAGCACAGAAUUAAAGGAAUGGCUUCGUACUGAGAACAAGACUGGUGAGACGAAGCAGCAGGAGGAACUUCUCACUUCUCGCCGUGUCACGAGGCACCGCCGAGCUGUUGGACGUUGUUUACACGGGUUUAAGACUGUCCUAGUUUAAAUCGCUGAACUUAAAAAUCCUUCUCCAGAUGUUUUUUUUAACUGAAGCAGCAUUAAAGCUACCUCUGUUCUAACCACGCCAAGUUCGCAGCGAGUUUUCGUUUCUUGCCAGAGUUCCAGACUUCGGCACGUUUUAGUAGUUUA